AUUUUCAUCCUGACACUCAACAAAACACCAAACACCUCAGAGUCUGGUUCUGCGCUGAAACCGUCCUCAAAAUGCCCGCCACUUCAGAGCUACACACCGAGGAGCUGCACACGGAGGGCGGCUGUAAGACAGAGGCGAGUCCGGCUGCGGAGAAAAAGACGUUCGGUGUUUUCUGCGAUGAACGCGGGUAUCUGGAUCAGAUCGAGUACAUCCUGCAGCACGGCCGCAGGAAGGGAGACCGAACCGGGACCGGAGUGGUCUCUGUGUUCGGUGCUCAGGCCAGAUACAGUCUGCGAGACCAGUUUCCCUUGCUGACAACCAAGAGAGUGUUCUGGAAAGGGAUCCUUGAAGAGUUGCUGUGGUUUAUUAAGGGAUCAACAAAUGCCAAGGAGCUCUCGGAGAAAGGGGUGAGGAUUUGGGAUGCCAACGGCUCCCGGGAGUUCCUGGACAACCUUGGGUUCACAAACAGAGAGGAGGGAGACCUGGGACCUGUGUACGGUUUCCAGUGGAGGCACUUUGGUGCAGAAUACACAAACAUGCAUGCAGAUUACACAGGACAAGGUGUUGACCAGCUGCAGAAAGUCAUUGACACCAUCAAAAAAAAUCCAGAGGACAGGAGGAUCAUCAUGUGCGCUUGGAACGCCAAAGAUCUGCCCCUCAUGGCUCUGCCCCCCUGCCACGCCCUCUGCCAGUUCUACGUGUGUGACGGCGAACUGUCGUGUCAGCUGUACCAGCGCUCAGGUGACAUGGGUCUGGGGGUGCCAUUCAAUAUCGCCAGCUACGCGCUGCUUACCUACAUGAUCGCCCAUAUUACAGGACUCAAGCCUGGGGACUUUGUUCACACGCUGGGAGACGCUCACAUCUACGUCAACCACAUUGAACCUCUCAAAGUGCAGCUCCAGAGAGAGAUCCGCCCCUUCCCCAAGCUGAAGAUCCUGAGAAAAGUGGAGAGUAUCAAUGAUUUCCGUGCAGAGGACUUUGAGAUUUGUGACUACAACCCCCAUCCCACCAUCAAGAUGCAGAUGGCUGUGUAACAGUCCCAGUCUGAAGACAAUUAGGGAUGAAUCUGGUGCAUGUUGGAGGGAAAAGUGUCUUAGAAAGUCAGUUAUCACAUUGUUCUUUAUUUAUAGUAUGACUGCUUCACUUUCAUGUUUAUUACCAAGAUCAUACAUAUGUUUUAAAAGUUUAUCUAAAUCAUAAAAAAAGAUGUAAGUGGGUAAUUUUCUUUUGUGAUUUUUGGUGAACUAAACCUUUAAACCAUGUUAAGUUCCUGCAAAAGUUGUUUUAUCUCCAGCGUAAAAAAAAAAUCUACACUUGGAUUUUCUGUAGCUGAACUGCUAAUGUACUGAAAUCCUCUGAAAUGUGUUUAAUUUUGCUUAUUUUAAAUAUGAUUAAUCUAUUUCUGUAAAUAAAAAGUUACAUUUGGUGUCA